UCAAGACAAAACAGAAUGAGGUUCAAACCAAACUGACCUUCACUUCCCUGUGGACUCCUGAGCGUCACAUCUGGGGAUUUAUUUUCUCUCUCGAGCACUUGUAAUCAGCUGAAUGGUCAGAACGGUCAGAUAUCCCUGCGCUUGUGGGGACGUUUAGUUCAGUCCGGGUCCCACACUGUAGCUGUAACACAAGGACACAGUUUCUAAACGUACCUCAGUGUACGUCACAGCUUCACAACAGAACUCAACCACUCACUCUAACCACCGCCGGGACGAGAACAUUCUUCAGACCACAUCACUGAUUCACCGCACACUGUUACAGAAAUCACACCACUAACGGUUACACACCGCCGUCCGCUCCCUGAGAUGGAGUUGGGUUCGAGUGGAGCAGAGCCGAGAAGGGUUUUGUGUUUCACUUCAGUUAGUGUUUCUGUACAGUAGUGAGUAAAAGACCUUGUUGUUGUCAUUGUAUCUCUCACUGCCACUGACCGACAGACGCUGAUCAUCAUCAUCAUCGUACCGGGUGGGUAAGAGCUACGAUCUUCACUCAUCAAGCAUCAUCUGUAGGUAUGAUUUCUCACCUGGUCGGAGUUUGUAGCUGAACGAACACAGAUCCCAACAGCCACACCCCAAAACCUCGUGGAAAGCCUUCCGGCAGAGUGGAGCUCAGGGAAGGAGAGCAAGCCAAGCCAUGAUCAAACUUUAUUAAUCCUGAAGGAUUGUUCUUGUGCCAGAACUCACUCAAUAACAAUACAUUUAGUCCUGGACUUGGCGCGAGACUGAAACCUCCUCCCUUCACUCGACCCACUUGAAGAGGAAUUUGGCAGCAGCAGACGACCUCAGGGAUGAAUGAGGCUUCCUCCUCAUUAUUAAAGCGCUGUCGCCCGGUCAGGGCUGAGACUGACCCUGGUACCAACACUCAUACCCCUCCUGGUCAGGAUGCUUCAGGGGACAAGGAACCAGGCUUCCCUCUCUCAGCAGUGGCCGGGCUCCUGGAUGUAGAGGAUAAUGGUGUUCCUCCUGCCACCAGAGCAGAAACCAAGCCAAAUCUUCGCAACAAAUUCCAGGGAGCCUUCAAGAAGGGCAUCUCCAACCCCAUGGACCUGCUCGAGUCCACCAUCUACGAGUCUCCGGUGCCCACAGGGCCCAAAAAAGCUCCCAUGGACUCCCUUUUCGACUACGGCACGUGUCGUGCUGCCAAUAACCAGAAGUGGCGCAGGAAGAAACUCGGUCGAGGGACCACAGAGAACACUGUGUCAUGUGAUGAGACCAACUCAGACCCUCCGAGGGUUCUGAAGGUGUUUAAUCGUACGCUGCUGUUCGACGCGGUAUCUCGAGCUGACUCGGAUGCUCUGGAUGGUCUGCUGGAGUUCCUGCAGAGCCACAACAAAAGACUGACGGACGAGGAGUUCAGAGAGCCAUCCACAGGGAAAACGUGUCUUCUCAAAGCUCUGCUGAAUUUAUACGGCGGGAGGAACGACACCAUCCCGCUGCUGCUGGACGUCGCUGAGCAGACGGGAAACCUACACGAAUUUGUUAACACGCCCUUCAGGGACCUCUACUACCGCGGUCAGACGGCGCUGCACAUUGCCAUCGAGCGGCGCUGUAAACACUACGCUGAGAAGCUGGUGGAGAAAGAAGCCGAUGUCCAUGCUCAGGCUCGAGGACGCUUCUUCGAGCCCCGAGAUGAGGGGGGGUACUUUUACUUUGGUGAGCUCCCGCUCUCGUUGGCCAGCUGCACUAACCAGCCUGCCCUGGUGCACUACCUGACCGAGAACAGCCACAAGAAAGCAGACCUGCGGCGUCAGGACUCACGGGGUAACACGGCCCUGCACGCACUCGUGCACGUGGCCGACAACACGCGCGAAAACACACGCUUUGUCACUAAGAUGUACGACCUGCUGCUCAUCAAGAGUGCCAAACUUCACCCAGAAUGCAACCUGGAGCAAGUUCUCAACAACGAUGGCAUGUCACCACUCAUGAUGGCCGCCAAACUGGGCAAGAUCGGGGUUUUCCAGCACAUCAUUCGGAGAGAAAUUAACGAUGAUGAGGUGCGUCACCUGUGCAGGAAGUUUAAAGACUGGGCCUAUGGACCCGUUUACUCGUCCCUGUAUGACCUGUCCUACCUGGACACGUGCGGUGAGGACGUCUCUGUGCUGGAGAUCCUCGUCUAUAACAGCAGGAUCGAGAACCGUCAUGAGAUGUUGGCUGUGGAGCCGAUUAACGAGCUGCUGAGAGCAAAGUGGCAGAAAUUUGCUGCCGUGACUUUUUAUAUCAACGUGGUUUCGUACCUCAUCACCAUGAUCAUCUUCACACUCGUCGCCUACAACCGUCCUUCAGGAAGCCCGCCUCCGUAUCCGUAUGUAACGACGGGGGACAGACUGCGUCUGGCAGGAGAACUCAUCACCCUCAGCUCUGGACUGUUUUUCUUCCUCAGUAAUAUAAAGGAUCUGUUUAUGAAGAAAUGUCCAGCAGCAAGCUCCUUAUUUAUCGAUGGAUCAUUUCAGCUUCUUUAUUUCGUGUACUCGGUGCUGGUGUUGGUGACGGCGGUUCUCUACCUGUCUGGGCUGCAGGCCUACGUAACGGUGAUGGUGUGUGCGCUGGUGUUAGGGUGGAUAAACACACUGUAUUUCACCAGAGGCUUCAAACUCACUGGCACAUACAGCAUCAUGAUCCAGAAGAUCCUGUUUAAAGAUCUGUUCCGCUUCCUGCUGGUCUACGUCCUCUUCAUGAUCGGCUACGCCUCAGCUCUGGUGUCUCUGCUCAACCCGUGUCCCUCCAACAGAACAGACGACCCGUGGGACAUCACAAACAAGUCGUACUGCCGGGACAGGGUGGCCUUCAGCACCUUCCUGCUGGACCUGUUCAAGCUGACCAUUGGCUUGGGAAACCUGGAGGAAAUGCUGCAGGGGAUGCAGUACCCGGCCGUGUGCCUCAUCCUCGCCGUCACCUACAUCGUCCUGUCCUUCGUGCUCCUGCUCAACAUGCUGAUCGCACUGAUGGGUCAGACCGUCACCAAGGUGGCCAAGCAGAGCAAGAAGAUCUGGAAGCUGCAGUGGGCUACGACAAUCCUGGACAUUGAGCGCUCGUUACCUGUGUGUCUGCGCAGAAAGUUCCGUGUGGGUGAAAUGGUGACGGUGGGCAGGAACUGGGACGAGACCCCAGACAAACGCUGGUGCUUCAGAGUGGAUGAGGUGAAGUGGUCAGACUGGAACCACAACCUGGGAAUCAUUAACGAGGAUCCAGGACAAAAAGAGCAAAAUGAGCACAUGCACGCCAACACGAAGCGCCUGCGACGAGAUCGCUGGUCCACAGUGGUUCCUCGUGUAAUGGAGCUGAAUAGAGGCUCCAGACCCAGAGACCAUGUGGUGGAGAUGAUCGAGCCCUUGAAGCACAGAACCAGUUUCAACUCAAGCUAGUCCUGGACUGGACCACAGAGCUGCAGUGAAAUAUGAAAUGUUAUUUCAGUCACUGUAGAACAUCUACAUCCACUUCUGUCUCCGUAUAGACUGGAAAGAAAAUCAAAAUCAGAUCUGGUCACGAUGCCACAACAAUACGGAAAACGGUCAAAAGUAAUGGCCACAGAACAACUACAGAACCGGACUGAAACCGGACCAGAGCAGGACAGAACUCCAUCAUGGCAACACAACAAGAAAGGCAAAAUCCACAGUGAUCAAUAAAGACAGAUCAGGGGCUUAAACAAAAACAACACUGUAACUGAUGAACUAGGACCAGAAAAGAUCUCGAUCAGACCAGAACACAGAUGACUGGAAGCAGAUCAUUAUCAGAACAGAACCAGGAGUCCAAAUCCACUCCAGUCACUGGAUAACAGAGGAACUCCAAAUCAACUGAAGUCACUUCAUACAGCCAAAUCUAUUUUAAACAAAGGACUGAUUUUUAAAAUUAUUUUAUUGUAUAUUUUAUGAUUAAACGUUAUUUUUCAGGAUUCGUUCUCAGGGAUGUGUCUGGAGACGAUCUGGAUGUUAUUUGGGGAUCAUAAAAAAGGACAGACAUCAGAAAUAUGCAGGAAGGAAAAGCACAUUUACUCGAGGAAAGAUGAUGUUUUCAGGAUGUUCUGAGUUAAAGUGAUUUAUUUAUGGUGAAAUAUUAAUCAGGUUUAAAAAAAAUCCAAAGUUCAUCAUCCUCCAAAGUUUUUAUAAAUCUGAAACUCUUAACACGACACUGUUCAGUCUGUCUGGGAUUUUUGAAAUCAAGCAUCCAAGAUGUAAAAAAAAAAAAAGGCCUGUGCAAUAUCAAAUGUCAUUAAACAUCUGGAGCAGCGUGGCCCAAUGAGCAACGUGCCGUAUCAGUUUGGUCCGAACAGCAUGUUUUUAAAUCUUAAACCUGAACAUCUGGGUCAUAAGCUGCCUCACAAUCACAUGAGGGGUUUUUUUUGCAUAUUGUUCAUUUUUGGCUUUUACAUCAUUGUUUAUAUCUUUAUACUGUGUUGUUUUUUUCCUGUGAUAAAGGAACAUAAAGGAACCUUUUUUUAUAUUUAGAAAGUCAUGUGACUUCAUUUUAAGUAAAUAUAAAAGUGAUGUAGAAGCGGAUGAUAUAGUUUUAUAUUGUAUGAAAUGAAGAUGAUUGAUAUAAAAGCUAAUGUAACAUUUGCAAGCGUUUGCAGGUUUAUCGGCUGGACGCUACUGUACACAUCAUCAUCAUCAGCGAAGGCAGGGUUUUAAUUUAUGGGACUGCGGUAAAUAGACACAAAUACAAACACAAUAAAUAUGUACAAAUGAAGUACA